UGGCCAUGCAGACGAAGUGAGUGUGGCAUCGGCUACGCGUGAUCACUAUUAUUUUGCCAUCAAAAUUCACAACGGACCUUGCGUUUCCACUGUGCGACAAUCACAGAAAAUCGGGAUUAUGGUUGUCAAGAAGGAGCAGAAACGUGGAAUAAGACAUAGAACGUAAGGGGUACCCAUGUACACCCCACUCACACCCACACCUCUCUCAGCUGUGUGCCAAUGACCGCCUGAUCACUGCAUCACAAGGAGAAGCCCUCUCCAAAGCCAGCCUGCUCCACAGCAGGUUUCUGGACUAAAGAGAGAAAGUGUUGGUGUGACAGUGGAAAGUGACCUCAGUGAGUCAGCCAAGGUGUUCCAUGGCACAUGUUUGAUGACUUCCUUAUUUUGUUGGCACAAGUGUUGAAGAGGAGUCCAGUGUAGGCAACAGUGUUACAGUAGACCAACUGUGGAGCCCAUGGAGGGGAUCCCAGUACACUGAACCACAGUGUGGGCCAACCAGAACUGGAACCAUGUCUGCCUGCAAUACUUUCACAGAGCACGUGUGGAAACCAGGCGAGUGCAAGAACUGCUUCAAACCCAAGAGUCUGCACUGCCUGGCCGAGGGCAGCCCGAAGAAGGGCACCCCUGAACGACCGGCACCACAGCAGCACCCCCCCAUCACUGGAGGGCGGCCAAACGCCAACCUCAACAGCGGCUACCCACGGGGUGGCGUGGCAGCACGUUCUGGAAACUUCCGUCCACCUGUUGCUAAGAAGCCCACCAUUGCUGUCAAGCCCACCAUGAUGCUACCCUGCUCCCCUAGUGGGCUAGACGCCGAGGGCAACCGCACACCAGCUGACGCAGCUGAGACGGGAAAGCCAUCAGCCUUCACAGUCUGGAACCGCAACGGGGUGAACCGCAAGAGGCCUGGCGGGGUGAACAACAAUGAGGGAGAGGGUGAUGGAGGUGAGAUUGAGGGCUAUGGACCACACGCCUGCCGGCCACCUGGUGGCAACAACAACAACAAUGGCUUGGCGGAUGUGCUGAAGGAGAUCGCAGGCCUGGCCUCCAGCCCUGGGGGUCCCAGCUCUGGAGGCUCCAGCUCCAAAGAUCUCUUCCUGGGUCGCAUCAGUAGCUCAUACAAGCGUUCCCUGGAGCGGGGCCUCCCAGCCACCAGCUGCCUGGCCAUAGGGAGCCGUGGUGACGGGGCAGUAAGCAAGCGAGUCUCCCUGAGCGACAGCACUGAGGUGAUCAGCACCGAGGGAGGGCGCUUCUGCUACCCAGAGUUCUCCAGUGACGGCGAGGAGGAUGAGGGUGAGAGUGAGGCCGAUGGUGAUGGAGAGCAUGAGAGCUGGGAUGAGAGUGACGAGGAGCUGCUGGCCAUGGAAAUCCGCAUGCGGGGCCAGCCACGCUUCGCCAACUUCCGUGCUUCCACCCUCUCCCCCGUGCCCUUCGCUGCAGGGAAGAAGUGGAAUACCGUGCCCCUGAGGAACCGCUCGCUGCAGAGGAUCUGCGCCGUGGACUAUGAUGACAGCUAUGACGAGAUCCUGAAUGGAUACCCUCUGACAGACUCCAAUGGCGGUAGCAUCCUUGUCCCCUUCAGCCAGAAUGAUCUGCAAGGAAGUGGCUUCUUCUCUAGCUCCGAGCCCACCACCUCCCCGGAGUCCUCUUCCUCCCUUCCUGAAGACACGCGCACCACCUCCAGCAGUGGCAGCAGUGUCCCCUGUGGGCUGUCCAAUGGCCUACACUCACCUGGGGUAUCCAAAGAGCCACCAAACGAGGCCGCCAGUGAGAGGGAGCUGCCUGGCCGGGCUCUGCGUUCUCCCAAGGCCUCGGAGACCCACAAAGCUGUCCUGGCAAUCCGACUGGAAGACCAGGAGGGCCAGAAGGAGGGGGCACCCCUGCCACUGGCCCUCCCUGGACAGCCAGUGACUAUCAGCUUCAGCCCCACAGAGGAGCAGGCCAGACCCUACCGUGUAGUGAACCUGGAGAAGCCCCCUGUCUGCAAGCCGUACACAGUCGUGGAUGUGUCUGCGUCCAUGGCCAGCACAGAGGAGCACCAUCCAGGCAGCCUCUCCAAGCCCAAGGGUUCAUCUGUUUCCUCCACCCCUGCGUCCACCCCCAGCUCCCCCUUGGGGCAGCCCAUGUCCCCAGUAUCCCCUGUUUCACCAUCACCCACAACACCCUCAGCAAUGCUGAAUGCCUCCCGGAAGAAGUCCAGCAGUAUCCGCUACCAGGAGGUGUGGACCUCCAGCACCAGCCCCAGGCAGAAGGUCCCAAAGGUGGAGUUGUCAGGUGGGGGUGCCUCGGGCCCAACUGUCCCACCCAGACAUUGCAGCAACAAGUCGGCACCCACAUCCCCCACAGCAGGGCUUUCCUCCUCCUCCCGCACAGUGCCCGUCAAGUCGCCCAACCUGUCAGAGAUUAAGUUCAACAGCUACAACAACGCUGGCAUGCCUCCAUUCCCCAUCAUAAUUCGUGACGAGCCCACCUACGCUCGUGGUACUAAGAAUGCCGUUAAGGUGCCCAUCGUGAUCAACCCUAGCGCCUAUGACAACCUUGCAGUCUACAAGAGCUUCCUGGGCCUCAGCGGUGAACUGCCCCAGUCCAAAGCAGGAGGGGGAGGGAGUGGGAGGGUGGCCAGCCACACAUAUGAGGAGAUCGGGUCCUCAGAGAGCCUCAAGUCCCCUUCCGCUGGGGAGGCUGCCAAUGGGAGCACCAUGCCAGAGAAUGGAGCUGCUGAAGACAGGAAGAUGGGUCCAGUGGCACAGAAAGUCCAGGAACUCAAUACCAGAACCACUAUAGACUCCAACAUUGUGAUGAAUGCCACGGCUACAUCACUGACAGCCCUCCCUGUGCACAGUGGUAGCCUGGCCAAAAGCAGUGGCACACCCAGCAGAGACGGCAGCUGCGAGCGGCAGACAGUGGUAAGCACUGGCACAGGUCACCGGGAGAAGGCCAGCACUGUGCUGUCACAGAUUGUGGCCUCAAUUCAGCCCCCUCAGUCACCACCCGAGUCGCCCGCCGUGCAGAGCAAGACCUGCAGUGCCGAGGAGCUCUAUGCCCUGCCACCGGAUGCCCUAACUGAAACACUCAGCCGGCCCAAGUCACUCUUCUCCACAGGUGAUGGGUGCCUGUCUAAGCCCCGGAAAGACACACCCUCCAAGCAGUUUCCCAAAUCCCAGAGUGCCUUGGCAGCAGCUCCGCCCUCCAGCCCCAAGUCAGAGCCCAACGCCCCCUUCCCACCCCCCCGGUCCACCUCCUCCCCCUACCACGCCAGCAAUCUCCUCCAGAAGCACUUUGGGAAUUGGGCUAAGCCAGGAGCAGGAGGCCCCCGACCUGCCGAUCCCGAAACCAGCCCGGGGAGCAGCGGAGGGGAGGGCCGGCGAGCAACAGCAGCAGAAAGCGCUAAGCCCAAGCGCUGGAUCUCCUUUAAGAGCUUCUUCCGCCGGCGGAAGGAUGAAGAGGAGCAGCGGGAGAAGGUGGAGCGAGAGAGGGAGAAGGGGAAGUUGGUGGGCUUGGACGGGACGGUCAUCCACAUGCUGCCCCCACCGCCCAUCCAGAGGCACCACUGGUUUUCUGAGGCCAAAACGGAUGACCCCAACCAGAAGCCCACCAUCAUCUUCACCUACAAGCCGGAGGGCAGCAGUACCACGGAAGAGGGGGAGGGCGUUGAGGAGACCAUACAGACCACACAACUGCUCCAUGGAGAGGAGGGCCAAGAGACCACACAGCUAUCCCCAGAGCCACAGGCACAGUCUGGAGAGACACAGGGCGUGGGGAUCAUGAAUCUGACCAACAAGGACAUCAACCAGGUGCCUGGCGAGGGAACCGAGGCUGGGGCACCUACUGUGGCCUCCCUGCCUGCCAAGAUGGAUUUGUCGCCCCGGGAGGAUGGCGCUAGUGUGGGAGCCACACCAGCAUCCAGCCUGGGAGAGCCUGAUGAUGAAGGGAGCCACUCUCACUCACCCGCAUCCAGCAUCUGCAGCGCCACCUACAGUAACCUGGGCCAGUCCCGCGCCAACAUGAUCCCACUGAAGCACCCCAGGAACGUUAAGGCCUCUGACGACACCCUUGGCUCGGCUGACCCGGAGGGCAUUGAGACCAGCUUAAAGGCCACACCACCCCCCCUACCCAAGAAGACCAUUGCCCGGGCAAAUACGGAGCCAUCGGCACUAGGCAAAGACCUGCUGUCCCUGCGACCCAAGGGCGAAGCUAAGCCCGGAGGCACCAACCUGAGUGUGGCCAAUCCACUGUAUGACCUGGACUCCACCUGGGAGACUGCCAGCCAGAGCUCUUCCAUUAGCUCUGAAGCACGGAUGCUGGACCAGGAAUCCGGGGACUCUCUGGAGAGGCCGGCAGCUGGGAAGGGCCGGCCCACUAACAGCCUGUCCUGCCUGGCCUCAUCAACAGGCCCCUCUGCAGGACGAGAAAAGCGGGGCUGCCGCAGUGCCGAGUCCCUGGCCGGACGGGGCCGGGCGGCCGGAAGGGGUGGGGCCUCCAAGCCCCAGAGGCCGGCCCUCUACAAAGGCAUGGACAACUGGGAGGAGGUGGUGGGUCGCAUCCGGGGUCUGCACACGGACACGCUGCGCAAGCUCGCUGGGAAGUGUGAGGACCGCUUCAUGGCCGGGCAGAAGGACCAUCUGCGCUUCGGCACUGACAGCUGGUCUGACUUCCGGCUGACCACAGGCAAACCGUGCUGUGAAGCGGGUGACGCGGUCUACUACACAGCUUCCUACGCCAAGGACCCACUUGUUAACUAUGCCAUCAAGAUCUGCAGGAGCAAGGUGAAGGAGACCCAGCAGCAGUUCUUCCAUAGCUUAGCGGUGAGGCAAAGCCUGGCCCUCCACUUCAACAUCCAGCAGGACUGCGGCCACUUCCUGGCUGACGUGCCUUCCCGCCUCCUCCCCUGGGAGGAGGAAGAGGAGGAUGAUGAUGAAGAGGAGGAGGAAAAAGAAGGGGAAGGGAAGAAGAAGGAGCCAAAUGAGAAGGGCCUGAAGGUGCCGACGCCACCGACAGCACCAACAACGAGGAAGAAGAAGGAGCUGCAGGCGGAGCCAGGUCACGAGGGACAGCCAGAGGGCCUAGCAGGCCACAUGGGGGCAGCGGGCAAGCUGCGCAGCCGUGUGGUGGUGAUCACACGUGAAGUGCCCUUCCAAACAGUGGCAGACUUUGUGCGGGAGGGCGUGGGGCGGCAUUCCCGUAACCCAGAUCUGUAUGAGCGGCAGGUGUGCCUGCUGCUGCUGCAGCUCUGCUCAGGUCUGGAGCACAUGAAGCCAUACCAUGUAACCCACUGCGACCUGCGCCUGGAAAACCUGCUCCUGGUGCACUGCCAGCCGGGCAACCCCUGGAACCUGGAUGUGCUGGAGCCCAACAACAAUGCCAGCACUACAAGCGCUGCCUGCCCUGCCCGCCUCAUUAUCAGCAACUUCUCCCAGGCUAAGCAGAAGACCCAGUUGGUGGACCCGGAGGUGCUCAAGGACCAGUCGCGGCUGGCACCUGAGAUCAUCACAGCAACCCAGUACAAGAAGUGUGAUGAGUUCCAGACGGGCAUCCUAAUCUAUGAGAUGCUGCACCAGCCCAACCCCUUUGAGGAGACACCUGAGCUGAAGGAGAAGGAAUACACAUGUGCCGACCUCCCACCACUCCCUGCCCGCUCCCUCUACUCCCAGGGCCUGCAGCAGCUGGCCAGCCUGCUGCUCAAUGCCAACCCAUCAGAAAGGAUCCAGAUCUCAGAGGCACGUGCCUGCCUGCAGUGCCUCCUCUGGGGGCCGCGAGAAGACCUGUUCCAGGCGCUAAGCGCCAGCCCAGGGCCUGGCCACAGGGAAGCAACCUUGCAGAACUGGCUUGACCUCAAGCGGACCCUGAUGAUGAUCAAGUUCGCUGAGCGCUCCCUGGACACGGGCUGUGGGGUGAGCCUGGAGGACUGGCUGUGCUGCCAGUACCUGGCCUUCUCUACAACGGACACGCUCAGCCGAGUAAUCGGGAUACUGCAGCACCCACAGGUGCAGCAGCUCUGAGGCCCACACCUGCUGCCACUCCAGCUCAGGCCCAGCUUCACCUGCGUUCUCACCCUCAUCUUCAUCCUGGCCCCCACCCUGAUCUUCUUGCUAUGGUGGAGAUUUGGGAGGGACUAGAUCGGCUGCCCUGCUGUCCUUGACCUCCCCAACAAAAACAAUUGAGCAAGAUAAAGACAGAAAAAAUCAUACAAAACAUCAUCAGCUUU